CCACGAGGAGGGAGGGCGGAGGGAGGGCAGUAGGGAGAAGCUGACACACAGAGACCUCACGGACAGCGAUCCCAGGCUCGAGUGAGGGGGCAGAGGGACAGAGAGAGCUGGCAGAGGUGCGGUGAGGAGGGGCGGCGGGAGCAGAAAUGCAGAGAAGGGGGUAGGGAGCAGUGGGGGGAGAGAGAGACGGAGGGAGAGGCAGAGGGUGUGGGCAAGGGAGGGGACAGAGACAGACAGUAAGACACAGAGGGACAGAGAGACAGAGGGAAAGAGGAGAGGAAAAGAGGAAACAGGGAUAGAGAAGGAAAGAGACAGAAGGGGGGAGGGAGGGAGAGAGAGAGAGAGAGAGAGAGAGAGAGCAAGAAGAGAGAGUGGAGAAGACAGAGCAAAGACAGCCGGACCCACAAGGAAGCCUGGGGGUGACUGGGAGACCCCGCUGCGGGGAGGCCCAUGGGGAGGCAGGCGGAGGGUUGCUGAGUGGCUGCUCCGGCUCCGCCCGCCGCCUCCCUCCCCCGGGGGCCUGCAGCCCAGGCGGCCGGCGCUGGCCAGGAUGGCAGACUCCUGCCGGAACCUCACUUACGUGCGGGACUCGGUGGGCCCGGCCACCAGCACCCUCAUGUUCGUGGCCGGCGUGGUGGGCAACGGGCUGGCGCUGGGCAUCCUGGGGGCGCGGCGGCAGUCACGGUCACGCCCCUCGGCCUUCGCCGUGCUGGUCACCGGGCUGGCGGUCACCGACCUGCUGGGCACCUGUUUCCUGAGCCCCGCGGUGUUCGUGGCCUACGCCCGCAACAGCUCGCUGCUGGGCCUGGCCCGCGGCCAGCCGGUGCUGUGCGACGCCUUCGCCUUCGCCAUGACCUUCUUUGGCCUGGCCUCCACGCUCAUCCUCUGCGCCAUGGCCGUGGAGCGCUGCCUGGCGCUCAGCCACCCCUACCGGUACGCCCAGCUGGACGGGCCCCGCUGCGCCCGCCUGGCGCUGCCCGCCGUCUACGCCUUCUGCACCCUCUUCUGCUCGCUGCCCCUGCUGGGCCUGGGCCAGCACCAGCAGUACUGCCCGGGCAGCUGGUGCUUCAUCCGCCUGCGCGCCCCCGAGCCGGGCGGCUGCGCCUACUCCCUGGCCUACGCCAGCCUCGUGGCCCUGCUGGUGGCUGCCAUCGUCCUGUGCAACGGCUCGGUCACCCUCAGCCUCUGCCGCAUGUACCGCCAGCAGAGGCGCCACCAGGGCGCGCUGGCCCCGGGCCCCGGGGUGCGGGCACGCGAGGACGAGGUGGACCACCUGAUCCUGCUGGGCCUCAUGACUGGCAUCAUGGCCGUGUGCUCCCUGCCUCUCACGAUCCGCGGCUUCACCCAGGCCAUCGCCCCGGACAGCAGCGAGAUGGGGGACCUCCUCGCCUUCCGUUUCAAUGCCUUCAACCCCAUCCUGGACCCCUGGGUUUUCAUCCUGUUCCGAAAGGCCGUCUUCCAGCGUCUCAAGCUCUGGCUCUGCUGCCUCUGCCCCUGGCCUGCCCGCGGCCACUCGCAGCGCCCCCCCUCCCAGCCGGCCUCCGGGGGGAAGGACCCCAGGGCCCCCGCCAGUCUCGGGGGGAAGGAGGGGAACUGGGUGCCUUUGCCAGCCUGGGGCGAGGCGCAGGGGGCACGCCUGCCUCCGGCCCAGCGGACGGGCAGCGCCGCGGGAACGCUGUCCAAAGUGGAGUCCAGGGCAGCCUGCUCGCUCUGCUGACAUCUCGGGCACCCGGUGACCUCCUGCCCCAUCUCCUGGGACAGGAGCCGGACAGUCAGGCGAAGGCCCGCGGCUGGUGGACCAGCCGAGCGAUGAACCCUGGAGCCCUGGCCUGCCAGGGCCUUGACCUGAAUCGGGGGGGGGGGGGGGGAUCAGCUGCUACUUUCCUCCAGGGUGGCCACACCAGCUCUGGGAGGAGGGGGAGGGAGAGAGGGAGCACAAGAGCAGUUCUCUCAGAAUGACCGAUUGGCUGGCCGAUUGGCUGCCCGGGUUUGGUCCUGGCCGCCCAUCCAUCUCACUGUCUAAAUAUUUAGAAGGCGGAAAAGCUCCCAGCGCUCCUGUGCGCCGAGUCUGUUAGGAUCAGUGCUCCUGCCGAUCCCCAUCCAUUCAGGGUGCCCCAACCCCGGGGUGGUCCUGCCCUCCCCACCCAGAGCCACGCCCUCCCCGCCUCCCCUCACUUCUGAUUCUCAUUCCCCACCUAAGUCUGAGCUCCGCCACCCCCCAGGAGAGGCAGGAGGGAGGGGAGAUGCUGAUGUGGGUGACACUGCUGGGCGCGUGCCCGGGAACCUUGGUGUGGCUUCGUAGUUAUAAGACUUGGACUGUGGGGACACGGGUGUGGGGUGUGAAUCCCAGGGACGGCCCAAGAACGCAGACCUAAGUCCCGUGCCUGCCCCCAACUAAAUAGCUGCCUCUAGACAGAGCCUGAUGUGUCCUUAGAGCCUCACAAAAAUGUCACUCAUUCAUUCAUUCAUUCAUUCAUUCAUUCAUUCUUCAUUCAACAAAUAGUGGGCGCUGACUCUGCCGGGUGCUGGGGACACGGACAGGCUCUGCCCCACCCUGGACUCUACGGGGAGAUCUCCAGACUCCCACCCCUGCCCCUUCUCGUUGCCAACCCCUGCCCUCAGAGCGGCCCAGAAUCAUGGGUGGCCGGGAGUGAGCCAGUGGGCUGAAGAGUUGAAAGGACGUGUGCUUAGGGUGGUGGUGGGGUUCAUGGAAAAGCGCCUCCCCACUCCCUGAUCCCGGCCCCCUUCAGUCCCCCUUUCUCGCUCCGAACCUGGGGAAGGGUGGGGUAGGCAAGGCAAGAGCCUUCGAUAGCAGCUAACCUCAGCGAGGCCUCCUCUGUGUGAGGGCACCCUCUUGCUCCGGCCCGCUAUUAGAGCCUUUCACAGGGGCCAGAAUCCAGGCCCAGAGGGGCAGUGAGGCAGCCGCAGGCCACACAGCAAGAAGCCCAGCCUGAGGUGGAGGGCGGAGCUGGUCUAUCUCUGGGGCCCAGCUCCCUGGUCGGGCGGUGACUUUGCCUCUCUUGGCUUCCUUUUGCGUAGAAGGUGAUCAUAACCCAGCACUUCGCGUAAGGGUUGUGCUGAGGACGAAUCGGUCCCCGAGAAGCCGUCGCACAGGGCCUGGAAUGGAGCGACAGGAAGCGUUCCCGUUGUUGCUGUUGGCAUUGCGGGUGUGGGCUUUGGCUCUCUGGGCAAAUGUGGUUUGACAGCAGAGCAAUGCUUGCUCCCUUGUUUUGACAUUUUUCUCCCGUCACUAUGUUUCUAAUCAUAUUGAAGAAGAACAAGGGUGUCUGGGAGAGUUAAACAUAGGUCACGAUGGCUGCCUAACGGGUUUGGAGUUUCCUUUUGGGGUGAUGAAAAUGUUCUGGAACUAGAGAGUUGUGGUUGCAUAACACGGUGAAUGUACCAAAUGUCUCUGAACUGUACACUUUAAAAUGGUAAAAAUGAUAAGUUUUAUGUUAUGGAUACUUUACCACAAUAAAAAAAAAACAUGUAAUGAAAAAA